GGAUAAAAAAAAAAGGUGAUGUAUCACGGGAGAUUACCACCACAUUGACGUCACCAUGCGGUGUCCCGGCUAGCAGAGCACUUGCACGCCUCGCACUCUCUUCCUCUCCCACAGACUCCAGCCCAGACCACACCUCCCCCAAUUCUCCUAGCGCCAUUGCGACCCGGAAAUUAGGGUAAUGUGUGAUACGAUACCAUGCCUUACCGCUGACCUUCGAGGUACACCGUAAAGGUAGAGACAAUCGACGAUGGCGGGGGGAUGUACCUUACUUUCGUAAUGGUGUCACCGCUCUGCUGUGAUGUAAGGUGAGUGUCUGUUUGGCAAGUCACAAGGGGUGUCCCUUGACGUUGCGCAUUCCCAAGCUGCUUUGGCGUUCAGUUUGUAUAUAAGACCCUUUAUCCUUUUCCUCUACCUCACCCUUUCGGCCUAUCCCAUCACAGCCAAACACCAACAAAUCAAUCCAUCAAACUCCCUUCGAGGUUCCCUCUACAACUCUACAAAUUACCACUUUCCAACCCACCAAAACCACAACACCGCAAAAAUGGGCGCCGUCGUCUCUUGUGUCCAAUCCGUCUUCCGGACCAUCGGCAACUGCCUCACCUCCGUCAUCUCAGGCAUCGGAGGCAUCCUCCACGCCAUCAUCGGCGGCAUCGUCUCCUUCUGCAACAUCAUUAUCAGCUUCCUCACCUGCGGCUACUGCGGUCGUCGCGGCGGCGGCGGACGUCGCCACAAGACCACGACUAGAAGUCGCGUCUAGAUCGACCCUUCUGUCUUGCACAUAAAGAUGGAAGGGGUCGAGCCAUAAUGAUUCGAAUUAUUGACACGAAUGAAUGGGGGAGUGUAGGGACGGGUUGAGGAGUAAUGGAGAGCGCGACGCGAUAUCAGCUUUGACAGCAUACCUACGACGAGAUUUUGUCUUUUUCCUUACGAUACCCAGAUACCAGUAGCUUAGCUUGAAUGGUAUAACACGAUAUCCACAAACAAAGGAGUGCCACUAUGAUAUUGAAC